GUAAGUAAAAGUUUAAACAGAAUAAAGUAGUAAAGAGGCACAAUGGAAAUUCAAACAAAUCUCUUGUGUUUUGAAAUAAUUGCUCAUUACACUACGUCGUUUUAAUUUCUCAUGACUUAAUUUCUCAUGAUUUUCACCUGCAGUAUUAGUAGCUUCAAUAAAUCAUCUGGCCCAGCCAUCUGCAAUGGUGAGAGACUAGUUCCAGAAUGAGUUAGUGAAACAACAUACACAUAAUGAUGACAAAAGAAAGGGUAAAACAUAGUUAGUAUCAAGAACACACACAGAAUAGACUCAUGAAUAUGAAGUUAUUAACAUUCAUAAUUGAGGAAGUUAUGAUGUUCAAUUUAAUCUUAAUGUUUCUCCAUGGGUUUCACCUGCCUCCAAUGACCAAUUUUUCCUUAGCAUUAUCAAUAUUUUUUUUUAACAAUCAAAUACAUCAAAGAUAAUUCUUAAUUCUUAAAAUCAGAUCUUCUAGCACGAAUAACAUUUUCCAUUAUAUGCACUUUCAAAAGAAGAAAACUUCUCUUUUAUUAGAUACCAGAGCAUCUAUGCAAAACUGUUUACAAUGUUUGCUUAGUUCUUCCUCCUUAUUAGGAGGUUGGAACUUUAUUUUCCAUUUUUGGUCACAGAUCAAACCCAAGGAAAAGCAUCACAAUGUUGGUAAGGCUGCCACACAUAAAAAUCAGAAAACCAGGUAUUAAGAACACAACUUCAGCUGGUUGGAACUGCAGAGAACAUGAAAUGAUCCAAAUCAUUCUUAAAUUUCUUUUCCUUUAAUUUUAGUCUCAAAGACAGCUUCUCAGUGUACCCAUGACCAACCAAUGCCUACAAUGUGCAUAUAAAACAGGAAAAUAAAAGAAACAAUAUCUAAUCUUAACUAAAAGAGUCUGCUAUCUAUCUUUUCUAAAUUCAGGGUGCCCCUGUCUGAGUGGAGACACCGAGAGAGACGAUUUUCCCAUUCAGAGUCUGCAAACAAUCAUUUGCAGUACGGAGUGUAACCCAAUCCCUCUAUCAGACAGUCCCUAACAAAAUAAUAAACUCUACCUAUCUUAUUUUUGUUGGUUGAUCAAGUUUACACCGACAAAGCUGCAACUCGCAUGUAAAUUUGCUCUCCAGUCAUACUCAAAUACAUACUCCAAAAAAAAAAAUAAAUAAAUAUAAUAAUAAUCAUGGGUUCUUACAUUUAAAUAUGUGAGACUUUACAGCGUUUAAUAUUGUUCAAAAUUGUAUUCUCUCAUAAACUGGACCAGACAGAAUGUAAAACAGACACAUGAAUGUGAAGUCUUCUCAUUUAAGGUUUACUUUUCAUACUCGAGUUAAAAAAAACAAAAACAAAUUAUUAGUCGGUUUCACCUUUUUUCCUCUUUCCCAUUUCUUUGAUUUUAUUAAUCAGUUUUUUACACAGUGGAUUUCUAGAUGUUAGUAUUUCCACUGGAGUGUUUGCCAUAAUUAUACCUUAUUGUAAUAUGACUACACUUAUCUUCAAUACAACUUUUGUUUAAAAUCCAAUUAUUUAGUUGACUUUAGUUUAAAGUAAUACACUGGACUCAAAACGUUAUUUUUUUACAUUUUCACAAACACAGAAACUUUCACACUCUUUACAAACAUAAGGCCUUUGUAAACACAGAGCUCUCAAAAAUACAAUACAAUCCUAAAACAGAACUAUGACUUCAGCCCCUCCCUUCGCACUCCUCCUCCUCUCAGUCAUACACUCUCAAUCCUGUACUCAUUUACUCCCACUGUGGAAGAGAGAAACAGGUGCUUUUUCUUAAGUUUAGUUUCUUUAUUAAUAAUUGUGUUUGUUUAUCUGGAUCACACCAGCUACAAUUUGGAUGAUGUCCAGAUAAGCAACAAAGCCAAUUUCUCUGAAUAUUGUAAUUAUUUUCUCAAUUUUUAUCUUCAUUUAUUACUAUCCAAUAGUAGGCCUAAUAACUCUUAUUUGCUUUACAACACAUUUCUCAUGAGAAACUUACAUGGAUACAUAUUAACAUCACACAUAGUACAACACAUUGCAGCCAGCAUAAGCAAGUACAUUACAGUCAGUCAACAUAAACACAUCAACCCACGCAGCCUAAAUACAACAACAAUGCAACUGAUUUUGUACACAACUUAACACAACCAACAUACUUAUUUACAUCAACGUAUUCAACACAAACAUGUUUAUAAUCUUCAGCACAUUCUUUGAAAUAUCCAGAUAGCACCUCUUGGGUGACCAUGCCUCUUGCGUGCCUGCCAAUUCAGCUCAAAAUGCAGCGCUAUUUUGAGAACAAGGCCAACCAUCCAAUGUGGGCUACCUGUUUCUCAGCCAGGUCAAAGGCCAACCAUCUAUGUGGGCUCCUUAUCAUUUACUGGUGUCGCUACACAUUGUGGUAUCCGCAGGUUUUCUAACACUGCCAAUUCAGCCCACCUCCAGACUCCUGGGGGUGCGGUAUCUGCAGGAAUUUCAAACUUGCCCAUUCAGCCCUCCCAGGGGUGCUAUAUUUACAAGCAGUGCUAACCAUCAAAGUGGGCUCACUGCCUCUCUACCAGCUCAGGGGCCUCUGUCUCUGCAGGCUCCCCUUCGUCGCUGGCGCUCCCCUGAGAGCGGUAUCCACAAAGUUUUUGUGCACUUCAACUUAUUUACAAGACAUAUUUACAUUUGCAUGCAUAGUUUUUUUAAACCUGAAACCCAGUCCUCUAUUUCAUCCAAUUAGUCAUUCAAUUCAGUUCGAGACUGGAAAGGCCUUUUUCAGAGUUACCACCUGGGCCAAACCUUGCAACAGACUGCACAAAAACACCAUUUAAGCAAAAUGCUUACCUCAGUUUUUUUGGCACCAGUGAGUCUGUUCAGUCAGUACAAGGAAGCCCACAGCAGUUCCCCUUGGCCCUGUGCCAAUCCCUUCGUGGUCACCAAAUUAUGUUGUGGAAUGUAGAAGAUGUUUCUUCCCUCUCUGUAAGAAAACUCGAAGUCAGGAGUUCCAGGUGUCUAAGGUUAGAGUUUAUUGAACAAACCAACAAACCCGAGAUGUCAGCUGAGAUCUGACUGUCUCGGUCAAAAACCUAUUUUUUGUAUCCAAUGGAUUCUGUUUCCCACCAUUAUUUCACAGAGCCUCUGACUUCUUUUUAAUGGUGGGAACCUGGCUUUUUUUUUUAAAUAAAAUGUAUCAUGAAAGUAUACAUUCAGUUACUUUGAUUAUUGGUUGUGUUAAUUUUUUAACUUUGCUGUACUUUCUCAGAGCUUUCUCAUGACUCAGUACCAUUGUUCUUUGCUUACAGCUGAGGACACAGAGUGUUUUCUUGCAACAUCAGCACUGUCAGUAACCUCAUAUGCCCUCUACUGGGUCACACAAAGUCCACACUUGUAGUAUUUUUCUACAUUUUAUAUAUAAAAAUCUACUUUAUUAUUUCCUUUUUAAAUCCGCACGUAAGUUUAAACAUUUGUUUGGCGGGUGAUUGACUGGUGAGAGGUGGUGCUUUGCUGCCGUCCGGGAUGCAUCAGGACGGCAUUUUAAACCUCAAAUGCCAUGUGGUAUUUAACUACCUCUGUAUGUAUUUCUUGUGAUCCAAUCACAAAACACUUUGCACCCCAUUUACAACUAUAUUUAGCGCUGACCAUUUGCAAUCAGAUAAUCCAAAACAUGUUUUAAUACCAGGGUAAACAGGGUCUAAAAUGACUGCAGCCAGAGCAAGGGAAUGCUAUAGAACGACUUCUGGCGGAAGUCCCACCCACGUUCGUUUCCUCAGGAAGUCCCCCAGGAAAAAGGCGUAAUUUGAAGACCCUGAAUUCAAUUUGGAGUUCUUUUUCUUUAAAAAAUAUGCAAAUAAUUGUGUAACAGGAUGUGUUGGUCUUGACUAUAAAAAAAACAACGUAACAUCAGCACACACUGAUCCCCAAGGACAAACAGAGACUGUGGGUGGUGCUUCAACACAAGUUCGUUCUGUUGUGUGAACCCACUACCAUUUCCUGUACAGGCCAACAUCCUUUCUUGUUUUUCAAGUGUGAGCUACUUUUAACACAGAGUUGCUUUAAAAUGAGAAUAAAGUAUAUAAUGUUCUUUCUCAUAGCAUUUGUUAGCAGCCUUUGCCUUGUCAUAUUCUAUUCCAAGCUAAAGGAUGUGGCGCAUUCUCAAAGAGACUUGACUGAAAUUCCUUUAGUGACAAUAGCCAUCCUUCGAAAACCCACCGCUAUUGUGAUUACACCAGUCAGAAAGAAAUUCAACAUCGUUUCACCAAAUAAACUCUCACCACUCACUAUUUCCGAGAGCUUCAGAAAUGACAUUCCAAAAAAUGGUGCAUUCUGGAACAGAAAACUUAAUUCUCUCCUCAGGCAUUAUGAUGUAGCUGAAAAUCAAACACGUGAGGACCCCCGUAGCAGGUUUCGCUGUCAGCCUGAGAAUUUUGAUAUACUGCAAACAAACAUUCAGGAUGUUAAGUCAUACCCGCUGCUCUAUGGGGAUUUCCUAAAAGGCAUGGAAUGUCGAGAUCCACAGAUUCUUAUCGAUCAGCCUGGCAAGUGUGCUUUGGAGAAGGAAGAGGAUCAGAUUUUCCUUCUCUUUGCAAUCAAAUCCACCCCAAAGCACUUUGAGAGGCGUGAAGCCAUUCGAGAGACCUGGGGAAGAGAAGGGUCAUAUGAUAAUGGAGUGCAGGUGCGAACGGUCUUUCUGUUGGGUCGAUCAUCUGCGGAUGAUCCCAAUCUGGAUAAACUGGUUUCAUUGGAGGCUCAGCAGUUUCAAGACCUUCUCGUUUGGGAUUUACAGGACUCCUUUUUCAACCUGACUCUCAAGGAGCACGUGUUCUUCAAAUGGAUGCUUGAUCGUUGUCCUUACAUAUCUUUUGUUUUUAAGGGCGAUGAUGAUGUUUUUGUCAACACUCAAGCAAUACUUAAUCAUUUGCAAUCACUAGACCCCGCACAGGCCUCAUCAUUGUACACCGGGCAAAUCAUUGAACAAGCCAGCCCCUUACGAGACCCUAAAAUAAAAUAUUAUGUUCCUCAAUCAUUCUAUGAAGGUCCUUACCCUCCUUAUGCUGCUGGUGGUGGUUUUCUCUUUUCUGGAAACCUAAUCCCAUCUCUUUACCAUGUUUCCUUCUACAUACCCUUCUUCCCUAUUGAUGACGUCUACACAGGGAUGUGCUUCAAAGCACUUGGAAUCAGUCCAGUGAAACAUAAUGGCUUCAGGACAUUUGACAUUCGGGAACAAGAUCGAGAGAAUGCAUGUGUACACCAAGACUUGCUUCUGGUGCACCAGCGCAACCCUCAGCAGACCAUGAGACUGUGGAGGAAUAUGCACAGCUCUAUGCUGGCCUGCUGAAAAUUCAUUGGUAGUCUGCCACUCACAGUUAGUACACUCUAAACAGAUGAUUGAUUUCAGCUGUUGUGUUUAAAGUCAAUUCUGAAAAACCUUUGAGACCCGUUGUCAAGAAUAAGCUGGUCAAAGCCUGUUACUGGGUCAAAGAUGGAGUCUAGUCCUGGUUUAAGUUUUUAAUGUAAUUCUAGUCCAGGUUUUGGAAUUUUGAGUGGGGUUUUGUGAGGUCUAUGGAUGAAAGCUUUUUGGGGGAUUAUUUCCUGCUGGGUGGAGGUGACUUUGCUGUAUUACUUUUAAAGUUUGUACUUGAGAGAAAAUAAAAGAAAACCUUUGAUCUAAUGCAAUGUUAUCAGCAUGAUGUUAACCACUAGCAUUUAUGUUUCAGUGCAACAGUACAACUUGACCCUUUACAGGUUACCUUAGACAGGCCAAUCUCAUAAAUUACUGUGGUGAUAUUUUUAUGGUUUAUGACAUGUAUCGCGGCAGUUCCAGAGGUAAAAUGUCCACUAAGGGGCGCUAAAAAUGAGUUAAAUUCUCUCCCGAACAGAUUAGGUUUGUAAGGUUAAUUUUCUAUUGAGUUUUAAAUCAAUGAAACCUUCCUCGCUACCAUAACCUGAAACUUAAACCUAACCGAUAUUGUCAUAAAAAGCAAAUGUGAGAUGAAAACCUCAAUUGCUGAAGAAAAUGCUUUUUUUUAUUUAUUUUUUUAUGGUGCUUCUAUGACACUUUCGUCUCACAUGUCGACUUGCAUGCUCUUCAGGACUCGUACACUGAUGCUUUGCAUCACAAGUGCAACUAGGGGUACACCUAUUCUUUCAAUUGCCGCACUCACGAAAUCACACACACGAAGCAUGAUACUGCGGCCACUGGAAGGUGAGUUAUUGGCAAAUAAAGCAUUUGCAAAUGUACAUUUUCAGACAUGCUGUAAUUUAGAUGAAUAUGCCAGUUUGUGUUAAAAUGUAUAUGAAUUACAUGUGUAUGAAUAUUAAGGUGCUCAGUAGUAAUUCUGACUUGAUGUACGGUUAGACACGGAAAGAACAAAGGUGCUGCAAACAGAUGUACAAAUUAAUUAAACAACAAAUAAAGAAGCAAAUGCAUAUCUGAGUAUAUGUGAUGUUGCAUCAGUCUCUGCAGUUAGACGGUCUGUGGAGUGAUAGAGAACGUUUGAGCAAUUUAUGCGUGCUUUCAGUUUCGCUUUCAAACAUGCGGCUGUGUUCCACUUCAAAUUUUAAGCCCCUUUCCUCGCUAACUUCUAUCCAUCUCAUGUACUUGGAUGUACUUGGAUGUACUGCUUACGUUGCGUGAGUGCCCACUACUGGUGGAACCCGUGCAGUGGGUUGAAAUAGAAUGGCCUAAACACUUGAUCACUUGAAGCUCAUUAUCGCUCUUGCAAUGAGACCAAUGUUUUUUGGAGGAAUUAUUUGAUGAUUUUUGCACCUGAGAAAACCACAUCUUCAGAGAUUGAUGCAAUCACAGAUUCAGGUAAAGUUUAGUUGUAUUUUAAGAGGCUUAUGUGUAAAUCGUGGCAUGUAUAACUUUUUUUUUAUUAACUUUUUAUUCAAAUUAAUUUUUAGAAAUGAUUAAACAAGUUUUACCCAAACGAAAAAGGUAAUAUUGCAUUUAAUACAUUGGAUAUGAACUGCUUAAUUGACCUAACUUAACAUACAGCUGUAAGCGGCUAGCCAUUAUCAUUCACUAGAGUUGUGUAGGGUGGGGGAAGGUGAAGCGUGAUCUGCUGUUACGUCCGAAUCCAAUUGGAUUGUGGGAUAUGGAGCUGCCUGAAACAUACAUCAGCGUUGGCUUGUUCCCUCGGUCAAAAUCAAGGGGUUUAGAGUAAGGUGACCAGAUUUCUGAAAUGAAAAAUGUGGACAUUUCUAGUUCAGUGGUAAAUAUGUAAUUGAAAUUUUGCAUGUUACUCAUCUAUUAAUUAAAAAAGGGGGACAAUUCGGAUGUUAUGUAUUUUGACCAUGGUAAAUGUAGUAAUCAUGGUAUACCAUACACUGUUGAAUAUGUCUCAAUAAAA